GCGAUGCGUGUAUCUCUACAUAUAUAUACUAGAAUCGACACCUUUGGUUGAUGCACGAGCGCACUUGAAGAUAUUUGGCCAUCUAGUUUUCAGGGUAGUGAGUGGAUGCUACUUUCUAGUUUCUGCAAUGUCGGUAAGUUGUAUAGGUGCGAAUGGAUGUCUGCUGCUUUGCCUAAUUUAAACAAGUUGAUGAGUUAAUUGAACAAUGCUGGUGAAACGUGCGCUUUGGAGCUACGUUUCCACUUCCUACGGCUUCUCUUCGGUGGCAGCUACCAAUUUGCUUAAAUGCGGGGAUGUUUUGAAGCAAGCUCGGGUGUUUACUGGAGCAGAUGUUGUUGAAUACUCGAAGCUGAGCCAUGAUACCAACCCCUUGCAUUUUGACUCAGAAUGUGCUAAGAUUGCUGGAUUCAGUGACAGGCUUGUUCCUGGAAUGUUGGUCGCUUCCUUAUUCCCAAGAACCAUAGCUUCAAAUUUUCCGGGAGCUGUAUAUGUUUCGCAAACAUUGCACUUCAAGUCGCCAGUGUAUAUUGGAGAAGAGAUAGUUGGUGAAAUAUGUGCAACAAAUAUCAAGGAACUGAAAGCGAAACAUGUGGCCAAAUUUUCCACCAAAUGCUUCAAACAUGAUGGCACGCUUGUUAUCGAUGGCGAGGCCACAGCCAUCCUGCGGAGUCUGAACAAAGAACCAGCUCGGUGGUCAAGCUAAAGAACAAGUUAUUCCCUGUUUAAUGGUCAAAAUGCAUGAUUUUCGUGUACUCAUUGCUGCCUGCAGAACACAAAGUUCUUCCCUGUUUAAUGGUCGAAAUGCAUGCUUUUCUUGAACUCCAGUAACCAGUUUUGUUGAGCAAAGCAGAAAUUAGAAUUAUGGGACUGAAUUUUGACAAACGAAAUAAAUUGACUUUAUUACUAAUUCUACAGUCAACAACUCAAAACUAUGAAGAACCGGAGGAUGUUUAAGUGUUUAACUCUGACUGACAUACACCAUCAUCUUCUCUACUAAAGCUAACAUUUGUGAUGUGGCUAAAAAUUCUCAAAUCAACAAGUCAACACAUAGCAAAAAGAGCACAGUUUAAUAAUCAGAGACCCAACUGCCC